GAAAUUGCCAAUGUAUUUUUGGGACUAGUACGAACUAUGAACAGGCGUCAACACCUUUUGAGUCUGAACAAAUUGAAUGGUCCGAAAUAGUCAGCUACAUCACGGAUCGUACAGCAGAAACUUAAAACUUAUUUCUGCUUGGAAGAUUUUUUGAAAAAAGAUCAAUUCCAUCGAUUUCGUUGACUAUUUUUUAUCUCCACCAUUACUUUUAUUUAUUACCUUUUCUGAAUUGAUUUUUAAUAUCUAUUUUUAUCCUUUGUCGAGUGUAUUUAUUUGGCAACGAAAAAUGUUGUUUUCCAAUUAGUGUAAGACAAACAAUUUUUUUUUGUUUUAAAGAAUUGUUCAUCAUUUUCAGCCAUGAGAUAUAAUGUUAUGUUUAUGGUUUCUUGUGUUCUCACAUUUCUCGUUCUAAAUAAUGCUAAAGAGGUGGAAGCCAUAAAAAAAUUUGGAUGCAAAAUCGGAAACAAUUUUCAAGGAACAUGCGGAAAUAAUGGAAAGAGUGCAUGUGUAAACGAUUUUAAAAAAUUUCGUGGGUUUCCAAAUAAUAUUGGAAUACGUUGUGACUGUUCUGAUCGACCUAACAUCCCUGGUAUACCUCCCAGUCGUAAAUGUGCAUGUCAACAUGAUUGCUAAAUUUUUCAAGAUCUCUAUGACCAUAAUUUCUUUUCUAAUAACUACAUGAGAUCAAAGUAAUCGAGAGUUUCUGGGAUAGAUCUGGCAAGAAUAUGGGUCAUGCCUGACAAAUAAUUCUCUGAAUUGUAUUAUUCUUUUUUUUUUUUUUUGUCAAACUCUGAAUUGUAUUAUUCAUGGUUCAAAAUAGAAAUGUGAGCUAAUAAUAUCCAAGUUAUUUACCUUUUAUAUAUAUAUAGAUUGAGUUUUUUCUCUGUCUUAUUAUGUACAUAGAUAAGAAAUGUUGACUUAUGAAUGUAUUAAAACAUGAAACAUAUUUAACACAAAACCAGUCAUUGCAUUCUAUUACAGAUUCAGUCUCCUAGAUAUCAAGUUGAAGCCUACAUGGAUCCAUAAUAGUAAACAAACAAACAAGUGUAUUCACAUGUUGAAUUAGGAUAUGACCAUCAAGAAAUGAUUUUCUCCACCUUCUGUGCCAACGAUUACACACCUUAUUUAGUUAUUAUAUAAUUGUACUCGUACCUCACACUAUAUAUCCUUGUCUAGACAUUUCUCAAAGCUCCACUGGAAAUACAUUCUUGUUUUUUAUUUCUACUAGAGAUUUUUUCCGGGCUACGCCCGGUUUUUUGCAUAUUUUAAAUAAAUUUUGAUGUAUAUUUUGGUUUGAGUAUUUAAAUGUAAUAUAAUUUCUUAUAUAUUAAUUAUGGAGUAUUACAACAUUUUUUGGUAACCACAUGUCAUAUAUGAGAAUUAUUCUUAGAAUUGUUAAAAAGAACAGGUUGGUCCUUAUACACAUAUAUUAUGUUUUUUAAACUAACUAUAUAAAUUAAUUAGUAGAGUACAAUACUUUCCUUAAACAAAAACUACGAAAUUACCUAAUAUGAUUAACAUAUAUAUCAUAAUUAAUGAUUAUAAAUAAUAAAUAUUAAAUAGCAAUUUUUAUCCUCUAUUUAUUUUGUUUAAUUUUAUAUAAUUAUAUAUAUUAAAUAUAUAAUAAAUUUUUUAGAUAUUACAUUAAAUAUAUAAAUAAAAAUUAUAUUUUUUCUUAUAUGUUAUAUUUCAAAUUUUUUAAAACAACUAUAAAUUAUUAAAAAUAGUUAAAAGUCUCACAUUUAAAAAUUUAUGAUUAUUGGUAACAUUUUUUAGUUCAGCUCAUAGUUUUUUAAUGGGUCUUGAACAAUAAUGAUUAACGAAUUAGACCACAUACAGAGUAGAAAGUGUUUUGGUUUAAAAAUUAUUGCAUACUCAAAAUAAAUAUGAACCAUCAUCAGUUUCAUUUAAAAUUAUGUUACUAUAAAAAGUAUAAGGUUGCGUAAAAUUCCGAAUCCAAAUAACCUAACCAAAUUCAAUCCGAAAAUUCUGGUAUCUAAACCCGAUCUGAACAGAAAUAUUUCAGGUAUCUGGGUUUAUUUGAACCAAAUUUAUAUACUUAAAUAUAUUAAAUUAUUUUCAAUUUUAAUAUCUAAAAGAAUAUACAAAAUACAUAAGAUGUUUUUAAAUUGUCUAAAAUACUUAAAAAUAUAAAAAAUAGUUCAAACUAUAUGUUUAAAAUAGAUAAACGUUACUCAAAAUACCAAAAAUACUGAAAAUAUCACUUGAUUUUCUAUACGUAUAUUUAAGCUAAACUAAUAUUUAUGUCAAGUCUAAAUAUUUUAACAUACAUUAUUUUUAUUUUUAGAUUUUUAGAAAUUUAAAGUAUAUAUAAAAUUUACUUUAAAAAUAAAAA